CUUAAGAGAUAAUGCGGUAAUGGCGGGACACUCUGUAUAUAUGUGUGUCGUAUUAAAAAUAAUACUCGCGAUUAUUCGCAUAUUAUCGCGACUUUUGUAUUGAUUGAAGGAAGUCCUUAAGAGAUAAUGCGGUAGUGGCGGGACACCCUGUAUAUAUAUAUUCUUAAUGAGAGAACUAAUGUAAAUUUGUUUUUCCACAUUAUUACACAUUGUUACACAUAUAAUCUUCUCUUUCGAAAAGUGAAAUUCGACUACGAAAGAAUUGAGAAGUAUUUGAGACGAAAAAUUAAGUUGAUGUUACUUUUCAGCGAAACAUAUUAUGAUAGAAUUAAUGUCCCGCGAAGAGAACUUAACGACUUCGUCCAUUAAUGAAGUUAAUGCCUAGUUUCUCACACUCGUUAAAGGCAACCGUCUUAUUAAGCGGCGUUUCUGAUUGUCUAAUUGCUCGAUGUAAUCUAUGAAUAUAAAGUACGGGCGAUUAGCUCGUCGUCAGUGGACUACGUCAGAAUCGUGUAUUUGCGCAUGCUGCUGCGUAAAUUUACGUAGCUGUGCUCGUAAUGGUAAUUAGUAAAAGUAAUUAGAUAGAGCUAGAAUUCGCUUGGAAGCUGAAGAGAUAUAGAUCGUGCACACACAAGAACGUACUGAAAACAUGAGUAUCUUCAUAAAAAACGACAAGUUGUUACGUGCGUUACGCGUUUGCGGAAUACUGACUAGAGUCUGGCCGUUGGAAGACGGAGUUAGCAGACUCCUAGUUAUCUUUUACAAAGCACUGUUGUUGAUCAACUUGGUGAAUGAUUUCUGCCUAAUACCCGCGCUCAUCAAGGGCAUAAUGUAUUAUCGAAACGACUUCGGCAACAUGAUGAAAGCCAUAGUGGAGCUGAUGUACGUUCUCGAGAUGAUUAGUACCAUUGUCUAUUGUGUGGCGCAGGAGAAACGACUUCGGAUGCUGUUAGACGAGUUAGAAUGUGCCGACGGCAAGCGCAGCUCGCCAUAUGAGGAGAUCCUGAGACAAAAAUACAGAUUCUACUUGCGUAUAAUUUAUAGCGGCAUGAUAACAUCAUACUUUGUUUGUGGAGGAUCGUACAUACUUGCACCGUUGAUAUUGUCGCAGAGAAAGCUCAGAAACUUUCCCCUCAACGCUAUUUUUCCUUUGCCCAUGUCGGAAACCUGGGCUUGGUACCUUGUUUACGUGCAGAACGCCUGCACCAUCGUGCAAGCCUCCAAGGUGGUGCAGGUCGAUGUAAUGAUAUUUACUGUACUGUGGAACGCCACCUUCAAAUUCCGUAUGCUAGGUAUGAAAAUGCAUUCUAUGUUCUCCGUCGCUGAGCUGCGAGCUGCCAUCGACGCUCAUCAGAAUGCACUCGACUACGCACAAGAGAGCGGAAGCGUCGCCAGCUUUUUGAUCAUCAAAUCGACGACAAUCGCUUUCAUCAACACGAUAACCUCGAGUUUGCUGAUCUUACGUAAUGUGCCUAUGUGGGAGUUAAUUCAGUUCGUUUCCAUCAUCCUGUUAUCCCUUUUAAGACUCUAUAUCAUCUGCUGGGUAGCGGAAGUAAUGACCGACAUGGCUUAUGAAAUUUCUUGGCGAAUCUACGAUUCUCCGUGGAUAUAUGCGACGUCGAGCGUACGUCGAACUGUUUGCAUGAUUAUACAAAGGUGUCAGAAAUCGGUUAAUGUUAAAGUCACUUCCGUUAUACCUGCGAUCUGCGUCAACUUUUUCGGGAAUGUUGUUUCCGCAGGGUUUUCCUAUUUUGUGACGCUGCGAACGAUAUUGGGCGAUCGCAUUUAACGCAUUUGCAACACUGCAUACAGCGAGAAGUUAGGAGAUAUUCCUACUUAAAGUAUCACUUGGAGCAAUUAUUAAUUAUUAUACGAAACAAAUGCAGAUUUAAUUGAAAUAAAAGGUCAAUACGGAAAUUAUGGUCAAGUAAAUAGAACGAUCUUAAGUGAACCCAAAGCUCGGUUGUUUAUAUUUUUUAGUGACAGCCGCGGUAUUUCUCGAGCUUUUCCGAGUUCGAUUAAUAUUGGUUAAUUGUCGUAAAUCCAACUGUAAGCGAAAAUUUACUUGCAACUGUAGAUUUCUGCUGAUAUUCAAGAGUUUACGCCUUUUCUAAAUCUCCUUCUAACGUGAUUGUAAUCUGAAGGAAAUGGAAAAAAUUGACAAAAAGGUAAUUAAAAAAUAAUUCAAAGGUUCUCAAAUAAAAAAAAACUUUCUCCUCGCCUGAAGACUAUGCAAAGGAUAACGUAAACGCAUACGAAGCGUAAAUUACAUGUAAUAAAAAUCGCGAUUCUAUUCUAUGAUAGCACAUCUCGAAGGAACGCACACGCGUUUGAAGGUGUCGUUCCCUCCUGCCAAGUAUAAACGAUUGUAAGUCGGAUGUAAGAUCUAAUAUAAGCACAUCGAGGUAUUACGUUUAAUAAAACCCUUAACAUUGCAAGUCCGCGUGUUGCUACCGCGAUAUUAUUUCGAAGCAGCGCAUAUCGCAAUAAUAAUCCCAAGAAGGAAGGAAGGAAGAAAGAAAGGAGCCGUUAUAGAACAUUGUAGCGGCGCACACUCGCGCGUAAUUCUUGCCAGUGUUAUAACUUAUUAAUCCGCA